GCUUAUGAACCUUUGAGCUUGCCGUCGCCGCCACAGGACGUCCUUAUUGCAAAAAGAACAACAAGGCUAGUACACCGUUUUAUACAUUUCGCACGCUGGAUUAGAUUUUAUUUAUUACUGAAUUAAAAAAGCAACAUUUCAGCUAUAUUUUUGUUAGUAAGGAGGCGUUUGAAGCCAGCUGGGGAACCGUUUGUAGCUAAUGUUGUGAGGGCAGUAAGUAAGCUAACGUUGGUAAGAAACACACAGGCGGCGGCGGCGGCGCCUUGUAGCGUUAGCCCUGUUCAUUUUCCCCUCUAAUGGUCUGAAGGCUUACCUCCAAAAUGAUGAACUACUCCGACUACGACUCUGACGGAUAUUCGUCUAAUGAGGAUGCAGACUACGUCCCGUCAGAUGAUAACCUCAGCGAGGACGACAUCAAUGAGUGUGAAAAGGAAGAGCCUCUCCAUGAGGGCGACGAUGUGCCGCACCCUGACAACGGCAGCAAGAAGAAGAGGAAGAAAAAGGACAUCAGUGUGAGAAAGAGGAAGAAAGGAGUUCUGAAAGUGGACGGGGAAGAGAAGGACGGCGGUGGAGCGGACGAAGCGCAGCCGGCGCAGGACGAGGUGCAACAACAAGUCCCCGGGGGACGGCAGGAGGACGACGACAGCCAGAAGAAGAAAUCCGAUGACCUGUGGGCGAGUUUCCUGUCUGACGUUGGAUCCAGACCCAAAGACCCCCCACCCGCCUCGCAGUCCAGCACCACGCCGAAGGAUGAUUCCUCAGUAGUGAAGGUUGCUCCUUUGAGUUCAGAAACAAAAGCCUCAGAGCCUGCUAAAGUCACCAUCACACAAGUGUUUGACUUCGCUGGAGAAGAAGUUAGGGUGGAAAAAGUGGUUUCAGCAGACUCCAGGGAAGCUAAGAGUUAUCUGAAGAGCCAGAACACCCAACAGGAGGGAUGUGGAGACGAGACGGAGAAGGCCUCAACACCCCAACAACCACCACCUCCUGGCCCCAGGUACGCAUCAACUCUGCACAGAACAUUCACACCCUACUCCGACACAUUCAAGUUAGGAUUUGAAUGUUGUGUUGGCCAUCAGGUGUUGCCGCAAAGCAGCUCCACGAGCCUUCUGCUCUACUUAACUCAAGCCAACUGUCAUCCUCUGUCUGGAACAGUGACAGGAAGCCAUCACUCGUGA